AGAACAUGCUAUUGCCUUACUAGCAGAGCCUUACAGGUACCAAGAAUUUUCUGCAACAACAAAGUGGCAGACCCAUGUUCCCCCUGUUGUCCAGGUCAGUGUGAUAUGACUUUCACAGUCAAUCUGGGAUCAUUCAAAUACUAAUAACAUCAUUGUCCUAAUCGUGUUUCUACAGGAAGAAACUGGUAAUUUAAAACCUUUGAGAAAAUAAUAUUAAAGUUGGAUGGCUAAAAGACUUUUUAAUUUUAAAUAGCAGGCAGGAUUCAUGGCUGUUGCAUGGUCUGCAGAAUUUCAGAUUUUGGUAGUAAAAGAAACAAGGAGAAUAGACACAAAGUUUAAAGCCUUAACUCAAGAUUCGAGACACCUAGGUUCCAGUUCAUCCUUUCCUAUAGGUUUCUUGUGUUGCCUAGAAUAAGUCUGUCAGGACAGGAUUCAGCUCAACCAAAUCUAGCCACCUCAAACCAGGUGGCUUGUUUAAGACAACUCUCUGGGCCCCCUGUAAUGUCAACAGGCAAUUCCAAAUGGCAACUGAUCUCAUUCAGAUAAGGUGCAUAUUUCUCCACCAAGAGGGCCUGUCUUUCAGCAUUGACUCUAGAAGUCUGGAUGACCAGUUUAAACUAGAUGUCAAACUUUUAAAUGGUUUUAUUUAGCUGAAAUGAAUUCUGUUCUAAUGUUAGGGUUAUAAAAUCCAUUUAAGUACACGUGACAGACAGAUUUUAAUAUAUUCAGUUACAAGCCAAUAAAUAAGUUUUUUCUUCUAAUGCUAGGGUCAUAAAAUCCAUUUAAGUACAUGUGACAGACAAAUAUUUUAAUAUAUUCAGUUACAGGCAAAAAUAGAUUAAUAUUGUCCUGUCAACUCCACGCAUUAAAGUGGUCACAAGUCAGUAUCACAGAAACGAUGAGUGAAAAAAGCAUCAUAAUUAUGGUUCUUUAUUUACCUCAUGGUUUUUGUGCCUGUUGAUUUCAUGCUGUCAGAGUUUUCUAAAUAACUGUAAUGGAUAAAGAUGGCCUAGAAUUUUCCCUUCUGAAUGAAUACAGAGAUUCUCUCCUAAUGAGGAAAUGGAGUCUACAAACAAACAAACAAACAUGUUUGCAACACAGACUGAAUAGAAAAUGCUCUUGGGGAAGGAUUCACCAAGUGACAAGCAUCUCUACUUCCAGAUAAGCCAAAGUGUGCCAUGGGGACCUUUGCCCCCAUGUGCUGAUGUGAGUUCAACAAGCCCCCAACAACAAGCCCCUUUUGCCCCCAAGCUCUGUGCUUAUGUGAGUAAAACAAGCCAUCAACUGUGCUCUGAGCAGCCGGGCAGGUGGCACAGCUUGGAUCUACCUGCCUGAACCUUCUUCCCUCCCAACACAGGAGGGAAAGUGCCUGGCAGGAAUGGUCCCUGGCACACCAGUACCCUUUGAAUCGUGUCCAGACAUUGCCUGGGAGAAUGCCAGUUUGCACUGCCACAACGCGUGCUGGCGGUUUAAAGAAUAUAAAGAAGAAGAAAGCGUUAUUGACAUCCAUAGUUUCAUUUUGGGGGCAUUAAGGCACAGAAAGAUUUAAUCACUUGCCGAAAAGCAGACAGAAAGACUGUGGCAAGGCAAGGAACUGAACCCAGCACUCCCCAGGGCCCUCGCCACAAGACUGGUGGUUUUUUUAUUCAAGGCUAGGUUCAUCUCUGUUUUUUCAGUGUAAUUGAGUGCAGAAAGUAUUCACAGUUGCUAUUGCUCUUUUUAAACAUGGUCUAUUACAGAAUAAUCUGAGUGUCCCAGUGUCUUAAAAGGGAGACAAUAUUUUUUCCAAUGUACAGAAGAUUACCUAAGCAGCAGAGGAAUUUGUGUCAUACCUACCUAGAGAUGGAGAAGGCUGCAGUGAUGCAUAGGUUUUCUGAGGCCUUUUGUCUUCUUACUAGAUUUUCACUGUAAAGUGGCCCUUGGAAGGUAAUCAGAGGGAUAACUCAAUAUUAGCAAAGCAUAGCUGGGCACUGUUUAAACAUGGAGGAAAUAGCUGAAAGUUUCUCUGUGCAAAUACAGGGAAUAUCCACUAAAUAUUUAACUUACCUCCUGAUCCCACUUUUUUUCCUGUCAAGUAUCAAGAGCAAUGAGCAGAGCACCUGACUGCAAGUCAAUAACACUUGUGGGAAUUAUUUUUCGCAACUUAGAUGAUCUCUUACAUCCCUGCAAAGGGCAUUUCACACCACUGCAAAGUGGGGGCGAAGUGCCAGGAAGUAAACCCUAAAGCACCUUCCAACACAGAGGUGUGGGAUAUGCUUUCUGAAAGCAACAUGUAGCUGCAGCUCAGUUAACUUGGAAAACUCAAGCAAUUAAAAAGCUAGUGCCUAAUAUCUAAUAAUAUCAAGAAAGUAGUACAGUAGUUUCUUUUCUUUGCCUCACAAUCCUAUUCUGUGCCAUAUUUACAGCCAGUUUGAAGCUUGGCAGUUUUGUAUAGCGGGGAUUAAACACUACUUGGCUUAAAGGGUCAAAAGGCCAUGGAAAGGAAGUCAAGACAGAAUAGCUGUGACUUCUCUCACUCACAUAAAUAUAAUCUGAAGGCUGAAAAGGAGACCUGAACAUGAUUUCACAAAUUUGAUAAAGACCUUGAAAGUGACAGAAGGUCUUGAAGUGAGGCUUCUGGUGCCAUGCCUGCUGCUCAGAACCCUUAAACUCACUCAGCCAAGCAAUACCUUUCACAUGAAGUUAAGAUCCAGGGAAGUUGUCUUAGCAGUGGAUUGUUGCAUUAGUAGUUGCUGGGCGGGCAGCUAUGCUGAAUGCUGUCCUUAACAGGGUCAUUUUAAAAGUACUGUUGGUGCCACCACAGCUUAUUGUAGAGCAGAAGUUUUGUCUUCCAAGUUCUACCUAAUAACAGAUUUGUUACCAUCAAGUCUAUGUUGCACCUUUGUUCCCCAAUCUUUCUGUCUUCUUUCUCCAUUAAACAUUGUGUUCCAGAUUGAACAAGGAAACCUGUUCUUUUCCAUCCAAGAGAAGCAUCUUCAUGAAUUUCCACUCAUAUUUUCCACUAUAUUUUUAGAAGAUUCAGUCUCUCAUCUAUUUUUCUCUUCCAAGUGUCUCUAAAUAAUAAGUUGUAAUCCUGGCAUUUCUGAAUUCUCAGCAUGGGUCCAUUUAGAAAUUAGUAAGAGUAAAAUUAGCCAAAUCCUAAUAUGAAAGAAAAUUGGCCUCCUUCUUAAAACUAUUGUUGUUGUAUCACAAUGGUGCUGAGAGGCACAAGCCAAUAAUGGCACUGCAUUGUUACCAGACACCGAGAAGAAAUAGUAGAUCAGUUGGACCUUGAAAAAUGUACAAUCUCAGUGGAUAAAUCAGAGGCAGAAAGAGGAAGUAAGUGAUUUGAUGAGUGUCACGCAGUAGGCAAUAGCGGGCCAGAGCAGUACCAUCGGGUUCAUCUGUAGUGCCAUAGGAUUGCACCCUUGAACCCUACUCCACUGUCUGUCUACACAAGCCAUGCUUGCUUUGGUAUCGCACCCCUGGUCUGCUGUAUGCCUUUGUGGAGAAACUGGAAGAGGGAAUAGGGGCGGGUGCACCUUGGAGCUUCAGUCCUGCAGAUAGUGUUUGUAAACCCAAACAGUGUCCAGAGACUCCAUGCUGUCAACACAACUAGGUUGCACCAUUUGGGUAAAGAAUAUCAGUAUAUACUUCAGCUCUGUCCUCAAAGGUAGUAAAAAUACCUUGAUCUCUUGUCUCCCACUCUGGUAACCUUUCCUCUGACUACCUUUAAAUAAAUCUAACAAGCUCCCCUCAAAACAAAUCCCCCUUUCCCUCCUUCAGUGAAGCAUGCAACAGCAACACAAGCAAGAAUGCAAUCAAUGGAAUCGACCAGAGGCAGUACUGGGUGGGUUUUAUUGUCCUCAUGCCUAUGUUCAAAAGGGCCCUUUACUGUUUGCCAUUCCAUAUGACCCUGCAUGCCAAACAACCCCAUUUGUGGCCAUCACCGCCACAGCCUGUUUCGUCCUGUCUGAAUUCUGCGAGAUCCUAUUCCUGCUACCAAAGUUAAGGAACAAAGAGAAGGACCAGUUUUCACCUGUGCUGUUGGGGUGAUGCUACCUCACAGCAUGGUUCCAGAUUUCCCAACAAAGUGGAGAGAAUUGAGUUUUGUCAUUCAAAAGAGGAAGGAGUGAGUCCAAAACAGCACUAGGUCAUAUGAAAAAGAGACAAGGAGAAGAGCUGGGACUAGUCUUAAAGCUGGGGAGACUCCUGAAGAGCUGGCCUUCCUGCUCCGAGUGCUGCUAGAGGGAUCUGGACAGGUAUGGUCCCAACCCUACACACUGUGAUCCCUUUCUGAUGUCUGACUCCCAGUGGCAUGAUUCCUAUUUUCCUGCUUCCAGGACACUUCUGAGCUUCGGAUCACAGGCAGUCAAAUCUUUGUUGCCACCAUGCUACAGUUACACAGAACUAGAGAGUCUUAAGUGAUUCGGUCUGUUCACUGGCUUUUUGGUGUGUACAGUGGCUGCAAUGCAUUGCUGCCCAGUUCAUCCUUCUCUUUAGCCGUGCUCCUGCAUGCAGUUUGCCUAGAGGUGUGCAGAGGAUGAUGAUACAGAGCUACUGCACAGGAAUAUUCUUGUGGUGGUAGAGUUCUGAGUGGUCCAUUCUACAGAUUGUAUGACUUUUUCCCAUGGUCUGAAUGACACAGAGGAACUGUGAAUAAAUGGAGAACAGGACCAAAAUGAAAAGGAAAAUUCAGUGAAGCUUGCUACCAAAAACUACUGUCAAUAAAUGGUUGAAAAAUUUCUUAAACUGCAAGCAAGUGUCCCCUCAUGAUUCUUUGUGCAAUACCCAGCAUAACAGGACAUUAAUUUGUCUUUGAAACCUUGAAAAUGAGAGGAUUGGUGCUGUUCAUACUAUUAUUAAACUGAGGUCUGGGAAUACUGUCACCGUAUUAAAUAUGAGCACGUUUGCAUUAUCAAGUUCCACGCCAUGGGCAAUACAUUUUAUUCUUCUCUUUUCCUGGCAUAAUAGUAGUUUUCAUUUUAUGUUAGCACCUUUGGUGCCAUUUCCUUUCCACUCAUAGUGCAUUAGUGUCUGUCUUCUCACACCUUUGAAAGAAAUAGCUAUAAUAUGCUUCAUACUUGCAUGUUGAAUUAACCUUUUCGUAUCUCAUUACCAUCUUUCCCUUUCCACCUCAUGCUAUGUUUCUGCUUUGCCUUGUUUUCAUAUUACUUCUCAAAUUAGUGCCUUUCAUUUCAUAUUUGGGAACUAUGAAAAAAAAAAUUUUAAAAAAUUGUCCCUGAGAGGGCAGCCUAUUGCCCAGUUGAAAAGAGCUGGUUUGUCAUGUCAGGGACGCGACACAUCUUUACUCCAUGUGUGCCUUUCCUCACAUCUCAUCCUCUCCUUUUCACAAAUGCAGAAAGAGUAUCAAUGGCUACCAGCUACAAAUGAUGACAUUGUUGUUUAAUAAAUGUGAGCUUCUGGCUUUAGUUCCGUGAUACACUUACUAGUCCUAGUGUGGAAGUUUUUGUUUCCUCAUAUCUCAGUCACGGGUCAUUCAGUUAGUCUUAAACUGCUAUUUACUCUCACCUCAAACUGCCAGUUUGAACAACUCUUACAAGUGAAGAAUAAAAGUGAUGCAAAAUUCUUAAAAUCAUCUUUCAGUCCUGUGCGUACAAGAUGGUCUUGGGUUUGGAGUCCAUUUUCUGCUCUGGGGUGAAACACUCACUGGAAUGACAGCUGCAACUCAGGUCCUCCUGCCAUAAAGCUGGAAAACGAAACUCCCGACCUUCCUGCCCCUGCCUGAUCCCUCAGCCUGGAUUUAUUUCCCAAGGCUGCUGAUGGUUGAAUGACAAUUGUCUGUGCUCAGCGAUGGCAGUCUGAGGGGAUUUGCAUUGUGAAGUUCCUUGACAAGCCAAGGAGCGGAGCGGUGUGAGAGGAGGGGGUGGGUGGAGAGAUGCUCUGCCAGCCAGGCAGGCGGGAUCGCUCCGGCAGUGGCUCUGCCGAGCUUUCACUCUGCAUCCCCAGGGAGGGAGCCUUUCUCUCACUCCAGGCUUCUCCCCCGCCACACGAGAGGGACGGAGAGAGGAGAAAGCAGAAGGGUCCCUUCACGCCGGCAGCACCCAACUGUCCAGCUCGCAUCCGCAGCAGGCAAACCAUGAGGAAGAGUCUCUUUGCCCCUACAGUCACUUCGCCUUUGAUUUAAAACUUUCACCCACUUCCAGAAGGGACAAUGGAGGAGCAAUACAUUUCCAAACUCCACCCGGUAGUGGAUUAUGGAGCUGGAGUCUUUCUUCUGAUCGUAGCCAUCCUGACAAUCCUUGGAAAUUCAGCUGUCCUUGCUACAGCUGUGAAACGCUCUUCCCUCCUGAAGUCACCGGAGCUGCUUACAGUCAACUUGGCAGUAGCAGACAUUGGAAUGGCACUCAGCAUGUAUCCGCUGGCCAUUGCAUCCGCCUGGAACCACGCUUGGCUGGGAGGAGAUGCGUCCUGCAUAUAUUAUGCCCUGAUGGGUUUCCUUUUUGGUGUCUGCAGCAUGAUGACCCUGUGUGCCAUGGCCGUGAUUCGAUUCCUUGUUACCAAUUCAUCCAAGUCUAACAGUAACAAAAUCCCCAAGAACACUGUUCGCAUCUUGAUUACUUUCAUUUGGCUCUACUCCUUGCUCUGGGCCAUUCUGCCCUUGGUAGGCUGGGGUUACUACGGCCCUGAGCCAUUUGGCAUCUCUUGUACAAUAGCCUGGAGCAAGUUCCACAACUCCUCCAAUGGCUUUUCGUUCAUCCUGAGCAUGUUCCUCCUGUGCACGGUCCUGCCUGCACUGACCAUCGUUGCCUGUUACUUGGGAAUUGCCUGGAAGGUUCAUAAAGCGUACCAAGAGAUCCAGAAUAUUGACAGGAUCCCUAAUGCAGCUAAACUGGAGAAGAAGCUGACAUUGAUGGCUGUGCUCAUCUCGGUCGGGUUCCUGAGCUCCUGGACACCGUAUGCAGCAGCCAGCUUCUGGUCCAUAUUUAACUCCAGCGAUUCCCUACAGCCCAUUGCGACGCUGCUGCCCUGUCUGUUUGCCAAAUCUUCAACAGCGUAUAACCCUUUUGUUUACUACAUCUUCAGCAAAACUUUCCGUCGUGAAAUUAAACAAUUGCAGUGUUGCUGUGGCUGGCGAGUUCACUUCUUCAGCACCGACAACUCUGCUGAAAAUCCCGUGUCGAUGAUGUGGAGUGGGAGAGACAACGUACGUCUCUCUUCAGCUGCAAAGGUGGAGAGCCAGGGAGCUGCAGCUCGCUGAAAUGCAGCGACGGUUUCACAACGUAGGUUGAAACUUGGGCUCGCUCAUGGGUCCAAAUGAGUAGGAAUGCAGCACGCGGGGUUGUCACUGCAUAUCUUAUGUCAAAUACAGAGGUUUAAGUAUAUAUUUUUAAGCAACUCUCAAAUAUUGUCUUUAAGCUACACAGCAAAAAAACCCGCUAUUUUUUUCAAGAAUUUCCACUUUAGAGGAAAUAGAUAGAUUUAUGUACUAAACAUAAAAACAUGUAAACUAAACUUAUUUUCAGGGAAACAGCUAUAAUUAAAAGAGGAUUUAUUAUUUCUGUUUUUUUUCUUACACUUUUGACUUUUUAAUGCAAUCUAUCUGCAGACUCUUGGCUCUAUCAGUAAAACAGCCAUCAGAGAAAACCGUAGGUUGAACACAAAGUGUUACCAAAUAAAUACAGCUGAGAGCGUAGCUUUCCAGCUAGAAGACAGACAGAAGACCAUAUGGGUAGCAAGAAAUAUUCACUGCCAGGAAAAGAUGAUCAAGUGGCUGCUAGCAAAAUGUCUUCUAGAGAUCUACAGUUCCUUGAUCUGUCAGAGGUAUAGUUCCAAAUCCUGAAAACACGAGCUCGAAAAGGAGUCGAGCAGCCUUAGUCUGAAGAGGUUGGGUGGGAAUGUGGCAGUCAGCGAAGGAUGCCUUCUGUGAAUCACAGAUCGCACAAUGAGCGGGGAAGGAAUCUCUUAGCAAAAGGAACUGCGCACUUAACGCUGUUGCAUGCUGAGGUGUAACAGCUCUUCUACCACGAAAGCUGUUGGAGCGUUUGUUUUCUGGAGGGGCACCCUGUAUAGCACGCCAAAAGACAUCCCCAGGAUAACCUGCCCGGCAGUAAGUAAUCCUGCAGAUGCAGUCCUGGCUCUCAUUGCCUCACUGGGAGCUCCUCAAAUACGGAAUUCCCCCCCCCCGGCUGGAGCACUGACACAACUGCCCCUGAGAGCAGAGUCUGCUGAUUCAGUUUAAAGCAUACGUACAGCCGUGACAUCAUCCUGCUAGCCAGUUUUAACAAAAGAGAUUCUGAGGUGGAAAUGAGCUCCUACAGUUUAAAUCUCUCUCUGACUUACAGUUUGUGAUUUUAAAGGACAUAAACACAUCUUUAGGGUUUCAAAUGUACAAAGGAUGGCUUGAUAGCUGCAGCAGUUCUCGCUUCCCUUGCUUGUUCAGCUGACCACAUCUAUCUUUGCAUUAGGUUCGGUGAAGACAAGAAGAGUUAAAUCACAGGCAGAUUUGGCACAGAUUUUAAACAACAAUCUAAAACAACAGUGAAUGGCCUCUGAGUUCUUGAAAACUUCUACCACACUCAAACCCUAAUAAUUAGUUUCAUUUUAUAAACUAUGGCUAAGGCCAAGAACAGGGUUAAAAGAUAGGCUUAAACACUUCCAUGGCUAUGAGAAUUUCUGUUACUGUGGAGUGUGGAUUCCAGAAAAACAAAAUGAGACAUGAGCUGUAACGUACACUAAGGCACAAAUUAAUUACUAAGUCAGGUGUUAGGAAACUUUAAGGAGCUUGUCUUCUGCUGAAAUCCUGCCACUGGCAGUGUCGCCAACUCUCAAUAAAUAUUCCACUAGAUUAAACUAGGUUUAUUUGUAAAAAAUUGUAAAAAAUUCCUAAUUUAAGUUGGCCUCCAGGGCGACUUUAUCUUGUCCUGGGUUGUCACUCACAGACGCUCCAUAAGGAAUGAGACAGGGCUCAGUCUUCUCUCCCAAAUACGAUGAGGUGAAGCAUCCUCUGGGAAACAGUCACCUCCGACAGCCCAUGGCACAGGGAAAUGGGAAAAGGGAGGAGAAAUGUGGGGAGCAGGAGAAAACACCUGUAACUGAGAGGGGAGCAUGUGAAAGGAAAAUAUUUAGGAAGAGAAGAGGCAGGAGAGCGUUAGGCAAGUGUGUUUGUGGAGAGGGCGAGGAGAUGGCGGAGGGAAAUGCAAAAGGGACAAUAGUUAACAUGGUGGAAAGGGACUUGUUUUGGUAAAUGUCAAUUGUCAGCACUUUUUCAGCUUUAAAAAAUAACCUGAAAGGAAAAUGAAACUGUAUUUUAAUAACCACCUCAGAGUUUUUGCUUUCACUUGCUCAGUUGCUUGAUGUUUGAAAUAAACAGCAAAAUAUAUAUUCCCAUCUGCUAAUUGCAGAUUUGUGAAUGGACCAAUGACAUGCACAUCAAUAAUGUAAUGUAAAAUGAGCUUCCUCUGUGAAAAAUUUAGGAGCAGAACAGGUCCACAUCCACUUGUAAAAGCUUUUAAAAUGUAUGUAAUAUGAAAAAUAUGCCACUCUACAAUACAGACAAAAUCUCUGUAAAACCAGAAGAUCCAUAUAUUGUUAAUGUUUAAGCAUAAUGCUUUAAUAGCCUGAUUUAUUACCUGUUUAUGUACUUCAUUUUUAAAAAUCAAAGUCCAGGUGUUUGUGUAUCAAAUAUGGCUCAAAUCUCUUUUUCAUUUUUCAGACUCAGUGAGAAGCAAAUCAAAACUUCCCCAGUAGAGACUGAAUUUUAGAUGGUUUUAUGUUACAUACAGAAAACUUAAAAAGCAGGGCUGCCUUUGACCAGAGAACUAGGAAAGGAAGUAUAGCAUACUGUAUAGGGGACUAGUUGUUUUUUCUUAAGUUUCAUGAAGUUGAUUUAUGGUCAAAUUAAUAACUCUAAUUUCAUGGUGUUCCCUGCCCAGCCCUAGACUGUGUUGUCAACUAAGUGAUCUUCUAAGGCAUUGAAGCAGAAUGCAAGCACUCACCUCAGGAGCAAAUUUGGGCAUCUUAUGUUUGCAAUCACCAGUGCAGUCAUCCCAAUACAAACAAAUAUUUAAGGUAAAACCUCCAACAGCAUCUAACUCAUAACUCACAUACUAGGAGUUAUCUCACUCAACUGUGGAAGUUCACAGU